UAUACAUCUGGGAAGAUAAAAGAAGACAACAUUCUGAUGGCAGAAGGAGGUGGUUUCAAUGUUUCAGUGCGGGGUUCUGAUGCAGAAUUUGAGUACGCGUGCACACCGUGCGCAGAAGACGGCAGCAAUCAAGAAGCAGUGAAAUACUGUCCGGAGUGUAAGGAAUAUCUUUGUGCAGCUUGUACAAAAUAUCAUAAAAAGUUUUCCGCAACGAAGAAGCACAACCUGCUUGAAAAAGACUUUCAGAAGCACGAACAUACUUUUGAAACCAGUGUGGGAGUAGUGAAGAAAAGAGAAAAGUGUGCAGCUCAUGUGGAACGAGAUAUUGAGAUGUACUGCGGUUCACAUGAUAUGGUAUAUUGUACUCUAUGCAUUGCUAAAGACCACAGGUCAUGUACAGAUGUGUUUGAAAUUGAAGAGGCAGUCACCCGCUUUUCUGUACAGUCAGACGAGAUUAUGGUUGAAAAAGUUGAAAGUGCGUUGAAGCAAAUGAUUGAGAUGAAACAAAGCAAAGAUGAAAACAUCCAAACGGUCGAGAAGCAAAAUAAAGAGAUACAGAUGGAAGUACAACAAACAAAAAAUAAGCUUAUUCAACACGUUGAAAAGCUUGCUGACGAAACAACAAAGACGGUCGACACUUUGCACACCAGUCUUAUACAAGAGUUAGCAAAUGAGCGGGAUAAAUCAAAGAAGUCAGUUUGAAUCAAAGAAAAUCACAUGCAAAGAGAAUGAUGUGUUACUUGAUCAAAUUAUGAGUGCUACGUCCCUUAUGCAAGUAGAAAGAAACGUAGUUCAGAAGCCAACCUUGAAUUUACCACCUAGUGUCAAGUCGAUGAGUACAGUGAAUGUAAAGGAAUCUUCGGAUACGAAAGAGUGUAACAUUGUGGGUAUCUGUCAGCUUUCAGAUGGAACCAUUAUUCUGGCAGAUUAUGCUAACAGUAAAAUUAAGCGACUUGAUGAUCAGUACAGAGUCAGAGAUCACUGUAUGCUAGAAGAAGUUCUGAGGGGAAUUUGUUGCACAGGCAUAAACGAGGUAGCUGUGAAGCUGAAGAAUGAUAAGGUACAGUUUGUGUCAGCUGGUGCUCAACUGUUAAAAACAAUUCAAUUUGAUAUUAAAGGCGGUACUUAUGUUGGAUUCGUCAGGUUUGCGGAUACAUUAUGGAGUUAUAAUGGAAAUGGCGCAGACAUUUACUGCAAAUCUGGCACGCUGUUGAAGACCCAUAAGAAUGACUCGUACGGGAAACAGUUAUUCAAAUCAACAUCAUCAACAUGUGUAUUCCCAGUCGCCAGUAAUAAAUCAUCCUUGUUUGUGUCAGACUUCAAUAGCAGACUUGUUUGUCUCGACGCUAGCGAGAAUGUAAAUAUGAUGCUGACAGAACCAAAGCUCAAAGAGACCAGAGCUGCGUGCAUAUCAAGUUAUGGUAUUGUGUUUGUGGCUGGAUUUUUAUCGCAUAAUAUCAUGAUGUUUGGAAGUGAAGGCAAACCUCUGGGUGAAUUAAUAGCUUCUGACCAGGGCAUCAAGAGCCCUCAUUCAUUGUGUUACGAUAGUAAAAAGCAUAAACUGGUUGUCGGUUCUAAGAGCAACAAUAUUUCGCUGAUAGAGCUCGGUAUUUGACGUCCUGUUGAGAGGCUUAUGAAAACCUACAGGUAAUCUGUAAAACACACCUGUUGUCAGUCGGAAGUGGUAAGCGAACAGAGUUGCUUGUCUCGAUAAAAGUGAGAAUAUGAAUCUGAAACUAAACAAAAAUGUGCAUUUCAAGUGAUCGAUUUGUGUUUGUUGCAGACGUUUGGUAAAACAACAUCACCAUGUUUGAAAGUGAUUGCAGUUAGUGUAUGACUGAACUGGUAGCUCAUAAGCAGGGAUUAAAGAAUCCCUAGUAGCUUAGUCCGCGUGGCAUAAAAUGUGCCAAGAAACAACAACUGACUGUUAGCUGGUAUUGAAUGUAUAGAUUGACUUUUGAUAUUUGAUGUGCAUUUCAAGUGAUCGAUUUGUGUUUGUAGGAGACGUUUUGUUUAGCAACACCCCGUUUUUAAAAGUGAUUGCAGUUAGUGUCUAACUGUACUGGGAGUAAAGAAUCCCUAAUAACUUAAUCUGCAUUACAAUACCAAGAAACAAUAACUGACUGUUAGCUGUUAGUGCAUGUAUAGAUUGACUUUUGAUAUUUGAUACCUUUAUUCCUUUGUUUAUAGUUGCUUUAGUCUAGUUAUAGUUAACAUGGUUAAAGUUGAACGUUGUUUUUUCUUAUAAUAUUUUUUAUUUAAUAAGAUGACUUUGUACAUUUCACUCCUAUGUAAUCAUGAUUGCCUUAUAGUUUGCUUAAUGUCAACUGGUAAUAAUUUCUAGGUUCAGCACGAAGAAAAUUAUACUUAACAUAUACAUAGAGGAAUAUUUCUAGCACAUUUCAAGUGGUUUUCACUAUAUAAAUGGAAUCACUUUGGACUUCGCAACAUACAAAUGGCUUGGGCAUGUCCUGACAAGUUGAUUAUAUCAAAGAGCUAUAAAAUAAACGUAUUUCAUAAAUCUUUGAUUCUAUGAUAGAAUUACAGAAGUGAUGACAGCCAUUCCAUAGCCAGACAACCCUGCAAAAUGUUAUUAUAACAUAUAUGAAAGUAUAUUUCGGACAUGCGUACGGAGCAAAGUGAGUGUUAUUAUAAUUAAUCUAACAUAAUAGUAUAUUUUGGACAUUCUAAUGUAGAAAAGUGAAUGAAAAUAGAUUUUAUCGAAUCGAUCUGUUUUAAAACAAAAUGAUGCGAUGUCUGUCACAAAUAAUAUGAUCCUACGCUGCAAGUAUUAAUUUUGCAGUCGCCACCAAAAAGAAAAAAAUAUACUUGUUAUAAAAUCAUAUAAGACAAUUUUUUUCUAAAAUACAUUGUUGCGAGUUCAAGUGACUGAUUAAAAGUUUUGCUAAGUGUACCAUUAUUUUCACUUUUUACUUCUCAUUGUUUAAUUAUACUAAUUAUACUUUUUAUUUGUUACAAUAUGAAUUAUACUGAUAAUUGACGUUCAUAUGUUCUGUUGUAUUCCUUAAAUAUAAGUAUAUUUCAUUUACAGUGGAAGUAAUUCCAGCAGGUUGUUUUAUUGCCUUUUGCUCAGACCCAGCCAUCCUGGGUGAAAAUAU